AUGUUCAAGAAAUAUAAAAAUCAAGAUUUAGAUAUGGCUUUCUGGUGGAAAAAGAAUACUAAGACAUCAUCUGACUAUGUAAAACUAAUUUCUGACCAGCUCUCGAAAAUUUCGAACUCGUCUACAGUCGAUACUAAACGUAAGGCGCAGGAAGAAUGUUCUAAAUAUCUCAUGGGCCUCAAGCAUUUUAUUCUAAGUGACACCGAUCCCAAGCCAAGUGCAGAAGCUAUUGAUGAAUUAUACAUGGCUAUGCAUCAGUCUGAUCUAUUUUAUGACUUAAUUUUGCAUUUCAACGAUUUGGAAUUUGAAGCAAGAAAGGAAGUGAUGCUAAUCUUUUCUAUCUGCCUUGGAUAUUCAAAAGAUAAUAAAUUUGUCACUGUAGAUUACUUUGUCUCACAGCCUAAGACUAUCAAUUUAAUGCUAUCCACCAUAGAAAUGGCUCUACAACGGAAAAGUUCCCCACAGGAUAUAUUCCUGGUAAUAGGGAACAUGAUUAUUGAAUGUAUCAAAUAUGAACAGCUAUGUAGGAUUGUUUUAAAAGAUCCACAAUUAUGGAAAUUUUUUGAGUUUUCAAGGCUAAGUAAUUUCGAAAUUGGCACCAUUUCUUUACAAAUCUUAAGUAACGCCUUCACUGUUCAUCCUAAACUAGUUUCGAGGGAAUUCUUUUCAGCUGAAGCCAAUACUGAGAAAUUUAUUGCUUCCAUAAAUAAAUUAAUUGCUUAUGGAAGUUACGUCACAAAGAGACAAAGUACAAAAUUACUAGCAUCUUUGAUCAUCAUUAGAUCAAAUAACCAACUAAUGAAUUUAUACAUUAAUUCCCCAGACAAUUUAAAAUUAAUAAUGACAUUGAUGACAGAUAAAUCUAAAAAUCUUCAAAUGGAGGCAUUCAAUGUCUUCAAAGUGAUGGUUGCUAACCCUAGAAAAACUAAACCAGUGUUUGAUAUACUGGCUAAGAAUAGAGAUAAAUUACUCAAAUAUUUUGAGACUUUUGGUAUUGAUAAUCAAGAUACGAACUUUCUUGAUGAAAGAGAUUUCAUUAUUCAACAAAUAGAUUCAUUACCAAGAAUCAUCUCAUCAACUACUGAUGGUAAUAAGGGAGUUAAUAAUACUAUUGCAUCUUCUUCACCCCCAUCAAAUUCCGUACUUGGGGUACAACAGCAGCAAUCGCAACACUGA